AUGUUAAUAUUGACCAUAAUAAUAUCAAUAUUGACCAUGACAAUGUUAAUAUUGACCAGGAUAAUGUUGUUUUUAUAAGAUCAUUACCACAUGAUGACUGUUCCUUUGAUAAUGUAAUGUCACACGUUCGUUCAAGGCUAUGACACGUCACAAACCCAUUAUACAGAUCCAGAAAUCCUGCUCGGCCUUUCAGAACAAAAUCUCCCACGACGCAGCAGCUUCACGCUCACUGCUCUUCUACUCUGCACAUGCCUUUCUUUCAUCCAAAUAUGUUCAAAGUAACACAGGUGGCAAACCACUGAAGGUCUACUUUGGGUACCUCAUUGGAUAUUCAUACUCACACUUACAUCCGAAGACCCUUCAAACAGCUUCAUGUUUGACUUGGAGACAGGGGAUCUCCUCCUCAUAUCCUGUUGACAAUGACACAAGGAUGUGUUAGACCAGUCUCACCUGGCCCAGUCUCUGUUCUGAUGAUGCAUUGUAGGGUAGUCGCCCCUAGACACUGAUCUUGGGUCCGUUUUCAAUUUUCCACAAUAAUGGUUAGGAUUGGGGGAGGGAAAGCUGAUCACAGAUCUGUACCAAGGGGAAACUUCCCCCCCAUAGCUUGAGAUGCACUUGUGACAACAGGUGUGUAGCAGGUGUUACAGUAAUGGCAGUCCACUAACCAUUUUGAGGGCCAUGAGUUUAUCUUAGUCAUGGUAAGGAAAAACUAUUGUCCCUAAAUACUGGACCCAAUCAUCCAGCCACACGGUCAAUACAAAUGAUGGAUGUCCAUGGAAAGUAUUUUACUCCAGUCUUUCAUUUACAUUGCGAUGGAAGGAUCGUGCUCAGACAACACCUUGCCAAACAUACAUUUUACUCCUGCUCGUUGUACUGACACAACAUGUAACAACAACAUUGGUCUCAUUCUCAUUGGUCAAGUAGAUGAACACCUAUAUGUCCUCAUUGGUAAUUCACAUGAACACUUUGUGAAUUAGUUAACAUGGCAACAUAUGGCUUCUAGAUUAUACUGAAAGUUGUGUAUGCAUUAGUACAUCUUAUCUUCUUGGUUUGCUGUGAGAAAGUUUCUCUUAGUCAUUGCCAGGAAAAACUAUGGGACUCAAUCAUCCAGUCACACGGUCAAUGCAACAUUUUGAAUGUUGUCCAUGGAAAGUGCUUUUACUCCACAAAAUGGGUAUACGUGAAGAAUGGGGCCUCUGAAUUUACUCAUCAAUCUAUUUCCUCAACUAUGUGUUGGCUCUUUAUUUUUUUGAACAGAAAAAGUUCUGUAGAAAUGACAGUAUGUGCAUUAUUUGUUUUAACAAAAGUUCCACCAGCCACCAUCCACACUGUCAGUAAUACAUUGUCUCGUUACAUCAUGUUGUCAGUAAAGGGAAGCGUUGAAGGCCCAGGGCAGUAAUACAUUGUCUCGUUACAUCAUGUUGUCAGUAAAGGGAAGCGUUGAAGGCCCAGGGCAGUAAUACAUUGUCUCGUUACAUCAUGUUGUCAGUAAAGCGAAGCGUUGAAGGCCCAGGGCAGUAAUACAUUGUCUUGUUACAUCAUGUUGUCAGUAAAGGGAAGCGUUGAAGGCCCAGGGCAGUAAUACAUUGUCUCGUUACAUCAUGUUGUCAGUAAAGGGAAGCGUUGAAGGCCCAGGGCAGUAAUACAUUGUUUCGUUAUGUCAUGUUGUCAGUAAAGGGAAGCGUUGAAGGCCCAGGGCAGUAAUACAUUGUCUCGUUACGUCAUGUUGUCAGUAAAGGGAAGCGUUGAAGGCCCAGGGCAGUAAUACAUUGUCUCGUUACAUCAUGUUGUCAGUAAAGGGAAGCGUUGAAGGCCCAGGGCAGUAAUACAUUGUUUCGUUAUGUCAUGUUGUCAGUAAAGGGAAGCGUUGAAGGCCCAGGGCAGUAAUACAUUGUCUCGUUACAUCAUGUUGUCAGUAAAGGGAAGCGUUGAAGGCCCAGGGCAGUAAUACAUUGUCUCGUUACAUCAUGUUGUCAGUAAAGGGAAGCGUUGAAGGCCCAGGGCAGUAAUACAUUGUCUCGUUACAUCAUGUUGUCAGUAAAGGGAAGUGUUGAAGGCCCAGGGCAGUAAUACAUUGUCUCGUUACAUCAUGUUGUCAGUAAAGGGAAGUGUUGAAGGCCCAGGGCAGUAAUACAUUGUCUCGUUACAUCAUGUUGUCAGUAAAGGGAAGUGUUGAAGGCCCAGGGCAGUAAAACAUGACAUUUCCCUGUGUUUUAUGUAUUUACACACUAUGGGGUUGGAAUAAUACUGGGAAAUUGUGAAAAUUAUGAUUAUGCGCUUUUAGUUUAAGAGCUGUUUGAAAAGACCACCUGUAAUUUCAGCCUGUUUUGGUAGAAUGGAGUUUUGGCCUUCCAUGGAGACAUCACCAGGCAGUAAUCUCUCUGCAAAUAACAGCAACAUUUCCCCUCCCCACUUAGACCAUUCAGACAGUCCAAGCAAAAUUCUUGCUUGAGAAAUUGCCCUUUGCUAAGAAGCUAUUUUGGUUUAUUUUUGACCAUUUUAAGUUGAAAUAUUCACAGUAAGAUACUUCAUUGUACAAUUAUUUGAUAUUUAGAUAACACCAGCUAGUUAUGGUCUUUAUCAAGACAGUUGUGGCCAUUGAGGGUGUAAGUGUGUCACUUGGCACACAUAUUUUGCCUGUGUUCUUAGCAACAUAUUGUACUGACAUUUAAAAAACUAACUUGCCAUUAUUUCAGUUUAAGUCAGUGUAUGCUGAGUCUACAAUGAAGACAGGUGAUUUGGACAUGUACCCCUCAUUCAGGUGAACUGCAAUGGUCACUUAUUUAUGGACUGGUAGAGAAGCACAUCUCGCCUCUGGACCAAUCAAAGGCAAGCUUACAGGUCGAUGAAAUCUCUAACUUCGUAAUUAUAGAGACCUGUAUGGUGAACUUAAAAACCGCGUGUGGAAUGAUCUGCGCCACUCGGGAAACAACUCAUCGACUAAACUCACUGUUUUAGCACUUUAUUUUUGAUGAUUUUUUUAUAGAGUAUUUUAUCUUUAUAGAUAGAACAAUGGAAACUACAUAUAAGUAUUUCCCCGUCAUUCUCCUAUGUCUGAGUAUUAACCUAUUCAGCUAUGCGUGGUAUUCACCUGUGGAUGUAUAUGACAAAGUGGUGGAGCUCGUGUCGCCAGGAGAGGAAUACCUGGAUGAAAUGUCAGUUCGCUCCUUUUUCAAACUGUUAGAGAAGCGUGUGCAGUGCCCUGGUGUGUCGUGUGAAAAGUGCCUCUCUGUGCAGUCAGUAGACCAGCUGGUGGGUAACUUUACCAGCACUGGUGGUCUCCUUCACCACGAGGGCUUCUUCAGAGUAGCGGCAGGAUGCCACCUCUACCUCAGCUCUCCCACUGAGGCCUGCUCUGCCGUGAGGGCGGGGAGGUGGGGCGAUGAGACGGACCACCUCAUCCAGGAAAUCACAGGCCAUGACCACCACGUACACAGGCACAGGGAUGGGCAUGGACACGGUGACAUGGAGAGCAGUGGGAUAGAGACUCUGCUCCGAAACAUGGAGAAGCACUACAAGCCUGAUCAGCAGUAUGACCAGCACUGUCUUACUGGUCAAGACAUCUUAGAGGAGAGCAGCGCGUCAACAAGUGAUGGUGACCCUCACAACACAGAUGUGGUGUUUGGAUACAUAGUUUACCAUGCUUUACGAGGUGACUGCAUGACAGCCAGAGCACUACCUGAAGAAGAGUAUUUUUUGGAUUCCAUACUCAACCGCUUCGGCUCUGACAACAUCACUAUUCAUGAGCUGGAAGGUAUUAUGAAGAGCUUGCAACUGGGUGGAAUCCACAAAGAGGAACACGAUCAUGAACAUGGAGAUCAAGAUGAACACAGCAAUGACCAUUGUCAUGAGGAUCAUAGUCACCACAGUACCGCUAGCGGUGCUCAGAGUGGUUGGGGGGGUCGAGGUGGAAGUGCAGCCUUCAGGCACAGUCACGAGGAGGGGUACCACCAGAGGAACAUCAGCAGCUGGGACCUGACAUGUUUCAGCCCAGAGGAACUGGUAAAGAUCCAUGGGCUGAAUGGAUCUAGCCUGUCCAGGUAUGACGUGGCCCGGCUUAGCCCAGCCCUGGUCCAGCAGAUCCUCAGUGGGGCCUGCAACAGCACCUCUCCCCCCACUGGUCCAUCAGACCAGCUCAGCACCAUAGAGAAGUAUGUGUAUGCCACCAUCGCCAAUCUUCUGAUCUGUCUGGCCGCUGUGGUUGGCGUUGUGGUGCUGCUGUGUACUUCCUGUAGUAGUGUCUUCCAGCUCAUCAUCCAGUUCUGUGUCAGCCUGGCCGUGGGCUCCCUCACUGGGGACGCCCUGUUGCACCUCCUGCCUAUGUUCCUAGGCCUCCAUGUUCACAGUGAAGGAACAGACCACAGCCACUCAGAGGAGGUUCCAGACUACAUCUAUAAGAUACUGGUGCUGAUGGCUGGAAUCUACUGCUUCUAUCUCAUGGAGACUAUUUUCUCCAUCAUCACCAUGCACCAUGCUCCGCAUCACCAUGGGGUGGAGUCUGAGCCCCAUCACUGUGACCAUGGUAAAGUCGUGGAGAUGUACCUGCAGGACAAAAAGAACAAGCAGUCUGUAUCGCAGACAGACCUGGUUGAUAGCAAUGACACAGAGAAAGCCUUUCCAGAACAAAACCAACACUCAAGAGAACAGCGUCUGCUACCCUACAUGGUUACCAUAGGGGACGGGAUACAUAACUUUGCCGAUGGCCUGGCUAUCGGUGCGGCCUUUUCUGUUUCCUGGAAGUCAGGUCUUGCCACGUCUCUGGCUGUGUUCUGUCAUGAGCUGCCUCACGAACUGGGUGACUUCGCUAUCCUGCUGCACAGCGGGGUGUCAGUGAAGAAGGCCUUGAUGCUGAACGUGGCCAGUGCCCUCACAUCCUUCAUCGGUCUCUACAUUGCCCUCACCAUCUCUACUGACCUGGCUACCAAGCAGUGGAUCGCUGCCAUCACCUCUGGUCUCUUCCUAUACGUGGGUCUGGCUGAUAUGCUCCCCACCAUGGUCCAUGUGGACAACCGUAGGCCCUGGCUCAUGUUCCUGCUGCAGAACGUAGGACUGCUGUCUGGCUGGGGCAUCCUGCUCCUCCUCUCUCUAUAUGAGGAUACAAUUGGCUUCUAGAGCCUCCCAGUCCUAACACUGUACAGGACAAUACAAUUACAAAUGACACUAUGUAGGCUAUGCUAUAUUUCAUCUGUUUUACUGGAUCUGUAACACACUUGGUAUUUCUAUAUGAUACAACGUUUCCUGACAUGACCUUUCUAGAUGUUAUACACAGUAUGAGCAUACAGGCUAGUUCUGGUGUAUCUUAUGCAUCUAACACAUAGAAGUAUAAUCUGUUGGUGUUCUGUGUGGACACAUCCUGCCGUAGGUGCUAAUGUUACUAUUUGAAGGGAUAUCAUCUGAAUGUGAUUAGUUCAAACUAAUUUAUACAACCUAUAUUUAUAAUGGGACUCACAGGUCCUCAGGCUACUUCCUCUCUAAUUGUCACACCUUUUGUAUUAACCUCAUGUACAGUUUCUUCAGAAAGUAUUCACACCCCUUGACUUUUUCCACAUUUUGUUGAGUUAACGCCUGAAUUGAAAAUGGAUUCAAAUUAGAUCUUGUGUCACUGGCUUAUAAAAAAUACCCCAUCAUGUCAAAGGGGAAUUAUGUUUUUAGAAAUGUUUACAAAUUAAUUAAAAAUUAAAAGCUGAAAUAUCUUGAGUCAAUAAGUAGUCAACCCCUUUGUUAUGUCAAACCUAAAUAAGUUCAGGAGUAGAAAUGUUCUUAACAAGUCACAUAAUAAGUUGCAUGGACUCACUCUGUGUGCAAUAACAGUGUUUAACAUCAUUUUUUAAUGACUACCUCAUCUCUGUACCCCACACAUACAAUGAAUUAUCUGUAAGGUCCUUCAGUCGAGCAGUGAAUUUAUUGCAAUGAAUUUCAACCACAAAGAACAGGGAUUUUUUCCAAUGCCUCGCAAAGAAGGGCACCUAUUGAUAGAUGGGUAAAAAUGAAAAAAGCAGACAUUUAAUAUUUUUUGAGCAUGGUGAAGUUAUUAAUUACACUUUGGAUGAUGUAUCAAUACACCCAGUCACUACAAAGAUACAGGCGUCCUUCCUAGUUGCCAGAGAGGAACGACACCACUCAGGGAUUUCACCAUGAGGCCAAUGGUAACUUUAAAACCGUUACAAUGGCUGUGACAGGAGAAAACUGAUGGAUCAACAACAUUGUAGUUACUCCACAAUAGUAACCUAAUUGACAGAGUUAAAAUAAGGAAGCCUGUACAGAAUACAAAUAUUCCAAAACAUGCAUCUUAUUUGCAACAAGACACUAAAGUAAAACUGCAAAAAAUGUGGCAGAGUGAGGAACUUUAUGUCCUGAAGACAAAGUGUUGUGUUUGGGGAAAAUCCAACAAAACAAAUCACGAAGUAACACUCUUCAUAUUUUGAAGCAUGGUGGUAGCUGCAUCAUGUUAUAUGUAUGCUUGUCAUCGGUAGAGGACUAGGGAGUGUUUUAUGAUAAAAAGAAACAGAAUGGAGCUAAGCACAUGCAAAUCCUAGAAGAAAACCAGGUUCAGUCUGACAAAUUCACCUUUCAGCAGGACAAUAACCUUAAACACAAGGCCAAAUCUACACUGGAUGUGCUUACCAAGAUGACAUUGAAAGUUCCUGAGUGGUCUAGUUACAGUUUUGACUUAAAUCAGCUUGAACAUCAAAUCAAAUAUUUCUGUGAAAUGCUGAAUACAACAGGUGUAGACCUUACCGUGAAAUGCUUUACUUACAAGCCCUUAACCAACAAUGCUGUUCAAUAAAUAGAGUUAAGAUAAUAUUUACGAAAUAAACUAAAGUAAAAAAAUAAAGUAACACAAGAAAAUUCCAUAACAAUAACGAGGCUAUAUACAGGGGAUACCGAUACCGAGUCAAUAUGUGGGGGUACAGGUUAGUCGAGGUAUUUUGUAUAGUGACUAUUCAUAGAUAAUAAACAGCAGUGUAAGAAGAGAGGGGUCCUGGAUGGUCCUGGAUGGCAGGAAACUUGGCCCCAGUGAUCUACUGAGCCGUACGCACUACCCUCUGUAGCGCCUUACAGUCAGAUGCCGAGCAGUUGACAUACCAGGCGGUGAUGCAACUGGUCAGGAUGUCCUCGAUGAUGCAGCUGUAGAACCUUUUGAGGUUCUGGGGACCCAUACUAAAUAUUUUCAGUCUCCUGAGGGGGAAAAGGUGUUGUCGUGCCCUCUUCACGACUGUCUUGGUGUGUUUGGACCAUGAUAGUUUGUUGGUGGACACCAAGGAACCUGAAACUCUCGACCCGUUCCACUUUAGCCCCAAACAGGGGGCCUGUUCUGACCUUUUCUUAUGGUCCACGAUCAGCUCCUUUGUCUUGCUCACAUUGAGGGAGAGUUUGUUGUCCUGGCACCACACUGCCAGGUCUCUGACCUCCUUUCUAUAGGCCGUCUCAUCAUUGUCGGUGAUCAGACUGUUGUGUCGUCAGUAAACUUAAUGAUGGUGUUGGAGAUGUAUUUGUCAACGCAGUCGUGGGUGAACACAGAGUACAGGAGGGGACCGAGCACUCACCCCUGAGAGGCCCCAGUGUUGGGGAUCAGUGCGGCAGAUGUGUUGUUGCCUACCCUUACCACCUGGGGGCGGCCCGUCAGGAAGUCCAGGAUUCAGUUGCAGAGGGAGGGGUUUAGUCCCAGGGUCCUUAGGUUAGUGAUGAGUUUUGUGGGUACUAUGGUGUUGAAUGCUGAGCUGUAGUCAAUAAACAGCAUUGUCACAUAGGUGAUCCUUUUGUCCAGGUGGGAAAGUGCAGUGUGGAGUGCGAUUGAUAUUGCGUUAUCUGUGGAUCUGUUGGGGCGGUAUACAAAUUGGAGUGUGUCUAGGGUUUCCGGCAUGAUGGUGUUGAUGUGAGCCAUGACCAGCCUUUCAAAAAUCUAUAGCAAGACUUAAAAAUGGUUGUGUAGCAAUGAUCAACAACCAACUUGACAGAGCUGGAAGAAUUUACAAAUAUUUUAGAAUCCAGAUGUGCAAAACUCUUAGACUUACCCAGAAAGACUCACACCUGUAGUUGCUGCCAAAGGUGAUUCUGACAUGUAUUGACUCAGGGGUGUGAAUACUUGUGUACUGUACAUGAGAUAUUUCUGUAUUUCGUUUUUAAUAAAUGUACAAACAUUUCUAAAAACAUGCUUCCACUUUGUCAUUAGGAGGUAUUGUGUGUGGAUGGGUGAGAAAAUAAAUACAUGUAAUCCUUUACGAAUUCAGGCUGUAACACCACAACAUGAGGAACAAGUCAAGGGGUAUGGAUACUUUCUGAUGCUACUGUACGUGGCAGUGUGCACUGUAGGUAGAUGCUGUUUGAAUUGGUGAUCUUCUGAAGUGUGAAGUUGAUGCAAGUGUACACAGUGUUUAUGAAUGUGAGAAUGUGACAGGGUUAUGGUGAGUUGAAGAUAAGAUUUCAAUGUUAAGUUUAUAGUCCAUUGAGGCUUUUUUUUAAAGACUUGAUUGAGGAAAAAUUAUGAAGUAGCUUAUAGGUGGUGUAUGUGUUCAAAUGGACCACUGGAGGGAGCUCUGAGACUCAUAAUAUUAUGUAUUUCCUGUUGCCUUGAAUGUGGCCACAGACACAUGGCCACAUUAGAGGAGAGAUACUGUAUGUCAGCAUAGGACGUCUUUCCACAGCAAUGAUAGAUAAGUCGCAUUACCUUCAAAUUAUAAGGUUCUAUCUAAAAAAAGAUGACUCUAAGAUAAUUGGCUUUAAAGUACCAACCCCCCCCCCCCAUUGGCUUGAAUGGUGUGAGCAAUUUAAAAAAAUAUUUUAUUAUUUUUAACUUAACACGAAUUGGUGUAUUUAAAGUAGUAUAUUGGUAGAGAACAUUUUGCAGAACAAGGCUACAACAAUUACUACAUUUUGACAAAAUGCAGAUAGAACCUUAAUAAUUCAAAGCUUUCACAAAUGUCAACCAUGAUUCUCAGAAUAUAGUCUUGUAAAAUAAUGAGGUAAAUUGAUGUCCUUCAUAUUUUCUAAGAUGAGUGAAGUUUUUUUUUCAGUGAAGUUAUUUUUUGACAAAAAAUAUUUACGCCUUCCUUGUCAGUUCACUACAGUCACAGCUUAACAGUAACUUUAAUUGAACAGGUUGUUAGAAUAUUUAUGAUUUACCACCUAUUAUAAUUUGCCUGUUUUGCAACUGCUGAUGACAUAGGCAAAGAAAUACUGCAGAGCAUUUCAAACUGUCAGGCUAUUCAUAAACUCCUCCCUGUCAAAUAUUCUCCAUGUCCAACCUUAUGAAAGCAGCAUCAUAAUAUGACCAUGAUGUGACAAUUCUGUAGAAAACAAGGUUGAUACAAUUGUCAUCUUUACAACUACAAAUAGCUAGAAAUAGACAAUGUACCCAUUCAGAAUCAAACUGGAGAUACCUUAUAAUGCCUGCUAUUGUGGUGCUAAACUGCAUGGAGAACCUUCAGAAUCACAGAAACCCCGAGCUAGAUUGUAAAUACAGAGCUAGCGUCCCAAAUGGCCCAUAGGGCUCUGCUCAAAAAAUAGUGCACUAUAUACUAUAAUAGGGUGCCAUUUGAGACACACACAUGGUCUAUCAGGAAUCUGAUUCGUUACUUAUCGUCCUCUUGCGGGGGUGAAGCUUCUGUGUGAGCCAAUAGGAUGGCAGCGUAAUCUUAGCUAUGUUAAGAACCAUUGUGGUAAGCCUGCCAGUCUUCUUUAGAAAGCAUCAAUUAAUUUAUUCAUAGACACAGAGGCAUGCUUAGCUCUGCAGGAUAGAAUGCAUGUGUCAUUGUUUGUUGUAGGAAAAGCGGAAAAGAGCCAAUAACUUUGGUUUCGGUGCCAGAUACAGAGGAAUAUGGUAGGCAUCGGACAAAAGGUGUGACAUGCCAGGAGGUUCCUCAGAUACAAAGAUAAAGAAGCUGAACUAUCAUGUGAAGAAUCUAUUUAUACAUUAUGCAAAUGUUUUGUUAUUCAUACUUUUAGCAGAACUUAAGGUCUUGGAUGUUGUAAUGUUUUGAUGUCAACAGGUAAAGAGCUAAUAGAGCUAAUCUACAUUCUGUUGCUCAAAAACAGUUACAUUUUGUACUUUUCUUUUUAAAAUUUUUCAUUUGCACUGUACCUUGGUGAGAUUGCCUUUGCAAGAUCCCUAUCAUUUUGUAAUCAUCAUAAAAUUGUAACAUUUCAUGUGUUUGACAUGUGUGACAUGGAACACUAGUGUCAUUCACUGUUGAAGUAGGAGAGUGACAUAAAUGGCUUUCUA